AUGGGGGUGGACUUGUACUCCGUGAUCACCCCCAACAUUCUGCGGCUGGAGAGCAAGGAGAUGGUGGUGGUAGAAGCCCAUGAGGUGCAAGUGGACAUUCCUGUCACCGUCUCGGUCCAUGACUUCCCUGCCAAGAAGCAUAUACUGACCAGCGAAAGCACCAGGCUGACCUCUGCUAACCGCCACCUGGGCACCAUCACCAUUAAGAUCCCGGCCAGCAAGGAUCUAAUGUCCAACAAGGGGAACACAUACGUGAUCGUCCAGGCAGCCUUUGAGAAUACCCUAGUGGAGAAGGUGGUGCUAGUCAGCCUGCAGAGUGGCUACCUCUUCAUCCAGACAGACAAGACCAUUUACACCCCUGGCUCCACAGUUCUCUACCGAAUCUACUCUCUGGAUGACCAACUGCUGCCUGUGGCCCGGACGGUGAUCGUCACUAUUGAGACCCCCGAUGGCAUUCUCAUCAAGAGAGACACCUUGUCAUCUCAAAAUCAGAUCGGCAUUUUGCCCUUGUCUUGGAACAUCCCAGAGCUGGUCAACUUGGGGCAGUGGAAGAUCCGAGGCCACUACGAAGAUUCUCCACAGCAGGUCUUCUCCACGGAAUUUGAGAUAAAGGAGUACGUGCUACCCAGCUUUGAGGUCCAAGUGGAGCCCACCGAGAAAUUCUAUUACAUCGACGAGCUCAGGGGCCUGGAGGUCGUCAUCACGGCCAAGUUCUUAUAUGGGAAGAACGUGGAUGGAGUGGCCUUCGUCCUCUUCGGCGUGCAGGAUGGCGACCAGAGGAUUUCGCUGACCCAGUCCCUCACCCGCGUCGUGAUUGAGGAUGGCACCGGGGAGGCGGUGCUGAGCCGAGAUGUCCUGCUGAAGGGGGUGCAGCCCUCCCAGCCCGAAGCCCUGGUGGGGAAGUCCUUGUAUGUGUCGGCCACUGUCAUCCUGCACUCAGGCAGCGACAUGGUGGAAGCAGAGCGCACCGGGAUCCCCAUCGUGACCUCCCCCUACCAGAUCCACUUUACCAAGACACCCAAGUUCUUCAAGCCAGCCAUGCCCUUCGACCUCAUGGUCUUCGUGACGAACCCCGAUGGAUCUCCAGCCCGUCAAGUCCCUGUGGUGGCCCAGGACACCGAGGUGCAGGCCUUAACUCAGGCAGACGGCGUGGCCAAGCUGAGUAUCAACAUGCCCAAUAGCCGGAGCCCGGUGGCCAUCACUCUGGUGGUAAAAGGUGGUGGGAAAAAGGAAAAGGCACACGUGCCAGGACAGCAGAUGACCCUUAAGAUAGAGGGUGACCAUGGGGCCCGAGUGGGGCUGGUGGCCGUGGACAAGGGCGUGUUUGUACUGAACAACAAGCACAGGCUGACUCAGAGUAAGAUCUGGGACGUGGUGGAGAAGGCAGACAUCGGCUGCACCCCAGGCAGUGGAAAGGACUUUGCUGGUGUCUUCAUGGAUGCAGGCCUGGCCCUUAAGACUAGCAAGGGCCUGGAGACCACCCAGAGGGCAGAUCCUCAGUGCCCGAAGCCAGCCACCCGCCGACGUCGCUCUGUGCAGCUGAUGGAGAAAAGGACAGACAAAGCGGGCCAGUACAAGGACAAGGAGCUGCGCAAGUGCUGCGAGGGCGGCAUGCGGGAGAACCCCAUGGGCUUCUCGUGCGAGCACAGGAGCCAGUACGUCUUGGGCGAGUCCUGCAUCAAGGCCUUCCUGGACUGCUGCGUCUACAUCACCCAGCUGCGGCUCGAGCACAGUCGGGACAGCCCACUGGACUUGGCCAGGAGUGACCUGGAUGAAGACAUCAUGCCGGAAGAAGACAUCAUUUCCAGAAGUCAGUUUCCCGAGAGCUGGCUGUGGUGCAUAAAGGAGUUCAAAGAACCACCGAAAAACGGAAUCUCCACGAAGAUCAUGAACGUGUUCUUGAAAGACUCCAUCACCACCUGGGAGAUUUUGGCUGUGAGCGUGUCGGACAAGAAUGGGAUCUGCGUGGCUGACCCCUAUGAAGUCACGGUGUGGCAGGACUUCUUCAUCGACCUGCGGCUCCCGUACUCCGUGGUGCGUAACGAGCAGGUGGAGGUCCGAGCCGUCCUGUACAACUAUCAGAAGGAUAAAAUCAAGGUGCGGGUGGAAAUGCUCUACAACCCAGCCUUCUGCAGCAUGGCCACCGCCAAGAAGCGCCACCAGCAGACCCUGGAGAUCCAGGGUGAGUCGUCAGUGUCGGUGCCCUUUGUCCUCGUGCCCCUGAAGGUCGGCCUCCAGGAGGUAGAGGUCAAGGCCGCUGUCUACAACCAGUUUGUCAGUGACGGUGUCAAGAAGACCUUGAGGGUUGUGCCGGAAGGAAUCCUAGUCAACAAAACGGUAGCUGUUCGCACGCUGGAUCCCGAACACAAGGGCCAAGAGGGAGUGCAGAGAGAGGAGAUCCCCGCGGCUGACCUCAGCGACCAGGUCCCAGACACGGAUUUGGAGACCAGAAUCCUCCUGCAGGGGACCCCGGUGGCCCAGAUGACGGAGGAGGCCAUCGAUGGGGACCGGCUGAAGCACCUCAUCGUGACGCCCUCGGGCUGCGGGGAGCAGACUAUGAUCGGCAUGACGCCCACAGUCAUCGCUGUGCACUACCUGGACAACACGCAGCAGUGGGAAAAGUUCGGCCUGGAGAAGCGCCAGCAGGCCCUGGAGCUCAUCAAGAAGGGGUACACGCGGCAGCUGACAUUCAGACAACCCAACUCCGCCUUCGCCGCCUUCCAGAACAGGCCGUCCAGCACCUGGCUGACCGCCUAUGUGGUCCGGGUUUUCUCUCUGGCUGCCAACCUCAUCCCUAUCGACUCGGAGGUCCUCUGCGGGGCGGUCAAAUGGCUGAUCCUGAAGAAGCAGAACCCCGACGGCGUCUUCCAGGAGGAUGGGCCUGUAAUACAGCAACACAUGACUGGUGCCAUCCGGAAGAGCACAGAGAAAGCUGUGGCCCUCACGGCCUUUGUCCUCAUCGGGCUGCUGGAGUCUAAAGAUGUCUGCAAGGGGCAGGUCAACAGCCUGGGCAACAGCAUCAACAAGUCCAGAAACUUCCUUGAAGCCCAUUACAUGAACCUGAAUAGACCAUACACGGUGGCCAUCGCCGGCUAUGCCCUGGCCCUGUUGGGCAAGCUGGACAACGCCCGCCUUAACAAAUUUUUGAGCACAGCCAAAGAUAAGAACCGCUGGGAGGAGUCUGGUCAGCAGCUGUACAAUGUGGAGGCCACAUCCUACGCCCUCUUGGCCCUGCUACAGCUCAGAGACUUUGACUCUGUGCCUCCUGUCGUGCGCUGGCUCAAUGAGCAGAGAUACUAUGGAGGUGGCUAUGGCUCCACCCAGGCCACCUUCAUGGUGUUCCAGGCCUUGGCUCAGUACCAGAGGGAUCUCCCUGACCAUGAGGAUCUGAACCUGGAUGUGUCCAUCAACCUGCCCAGCCGCAAUUCUCUGGUCAAUCACCGCAUCGUCUGGGAAUCCGCCAGCCUGCUGCGAUCGGAAGAGACCAAGGAAAAUGAGAACUUCACAUUAACAGCCAAAGGGAAAGGCCAAGGCACCUUGUCGGUGGUGACAGUGUACCAUGCCAAGGUCAAAGGCAAAACCUCCUGCAAGAAGUUCAGCCUUAGGGUCAACAUACAGCCAGCCCCCCAAACAGUCAAGAAGCCUCAGGAUGCCAAGAGCACCAUGAUCCUAAACAUCUGUACCAGGUACUUGGGAGAUCAAGACGCCACCAUGUCAAUCCUGGAUAUAUCCAUGAUGACUGGCUUUUCUGCCGACACUGGUGACCUUGACCUGUUGAGCAAAGGCGUUGACAGAUACAUCUCUAAGUACGAGAUGGACAAGACCUUUUCCAACAAGAACACCCUCAUCAUAUACCUGGAGAAGAUCUCACAUACCAGGGAGGAGUGUCUGACCUUCAAAGUUCACCAGUACUUCAAGGUUGGCCUUAUCCAGCCUGGGUCUGUCAAGGUGUAUUCCUACUACAACCUGGAGGAGUCCUGCAUCCAGUUCUACCACCCGGACAAGGCAGACGGGAUGCUGGACAAGCUAUGUCACAGGGACAUGUGUCGCUGUGCUGAGCAGAACUGCUUCAUGCACCAGGUGGACGAUGAAGUCACCCUGGACGAUCGGCUGGACAAGGCCUGCGAACCGGAAGUGGACUACGUGUACACGACCAGGAUGGUGAGGAAGGAGCUGUCCAACGACUUUGACGAUUACAUAAUGGUCAUAGAGCAGCUCAUUAAGUCAGGCACCGAUGAGUUGCAGGUUGGACAGGAGCGCAGGUUCAUCAGCCACGUCAAGUGCAGAGAGGCCUUGAAGUUGACGGAGGGGAAGCGCUACCUCAUCUGGGGUGUCUCCUCGGACCUGUGGGGAGAGAAACCCAAAACCAGCUACAUCAUUGGGAAGGACACCUGGGUGGAGCUGUGGCCGGAAGCUGAUGAAUGUCAGGACGACGAGAACAAGAAUCAAUGUAAGGACCUGGAGGCCUUUGUGGAGAGUAUGGUGGUCUUCGGAUGCCCCAACUGA